AUGCCCACUGGACUGUACAUCCCUGCUCUAAUGGACGAUGAAUUGUAUGACACCUUAGCCAGCAGUGGCCUUUCUCCAAGCCAACUUGGUGACCGCCCCAGCUCUACUGGGUAUUCCCAUCGUAGGCUACACAAUCAAAGCCUGUACUGGUCUUCUGCUAUUCGGCAGCAACCAGGAACAAGCAGUGUUGUCCAUCAACAGCAUGGAGGGCGAACGAACACGAGAGGCAAUGAUCCACCUGCCUGGAAUCCUGCUCCGCAACGACCAACUCCAAUAUUACCCAUUCACCAGCAAGAUGCAGUUGUCUUGCCCACCUGGAAUCCUGCUAUACAGCAGCCACCAGCUCCGAUCCGAUUCGGCCACGAGCAGAGUGCAUGGCAGAUUAAGCAUCGCCGGCCUGAUCAAUUCUUAGAUCCCAAUUACAUGCCGUACGACACAAUCAAGCGGCAGAAGGCUUACAGGGAAGCUCUCUCUAUCGACAGAUACCGACAGCAGAGACAUCAGGAGCAAGAAUAUCGACUGACAGGAGCUGACUGUGGCUCAUGUGGCGCCUCUCUGGGGAUGAUUAGUAGAGGCAGCGACUUCGAGGGUCACCAUAGCUUCGAGUAUCUAUGCCGCAGUGCACAACUGGGCUGCAAAUCUUGCAAGCUCGUCCGAGCUUGUGUCAACGAUAAUCGAUCGUACGACAAGAACAGAGAUUCCGAAGCAAGGAUCGUAGAUGAUGUGCUGGAGUUCAAACUGCACGACGGUGGCGGUAAUAAAGUCUUACGAUUUGAGCUACUUCACUCCGUCUUCAGCCCCGACGAACAAAGGCUUCGAGUCCUGGAGGCCAAUCCAUUGUCAAGGAGAAAUGUUGAACUUGUGAAGGACUGGGUGAAAGAGUGCUGCGAAGCACAUUCGAGCUGUGGAUCGGUAUUGGACGUUUCAGAAGAGCGCGUGCGACUGCUGAAUGCCAGCCUGAUUACUCCUGUUGCUCAAGUCCCGGACCAUCGCUACACCGCCCUGUCACAUAGGUGGGGUACCAUGGCGGGCAAGUCGACGACUACAACCACAAAUGUCAGCGCACUCUGCAAAGGCAUUCCGUUCCACAUGUUUCCUCCUACGUUUCGAGAUGCAAUCGAGGCCACUAAGCUGCUGGGCGUGCGAUAUCUCUGGAUAGAUUCGCUUUGCAUUGUGCAAGACUCACCCGAAGACUGGGCUCGAGAGUGUCAAAACAUGGGAUCUUACUACCGAGACUCGUGGUUGACGCUUGCGGCACUAGAUAGUAAUUGCAGCUGGGAGCGCUUCUUGGCUGAUCGUGCAGCUCCGAGGACGGUUGAGAUGAGACGAGCACACUGGUCGACGCCAUCUCCACCCGUAGAUGUGCUGACCAUGCGCCGACAACCUCCUGACCGGAAGCACAUAUUCCAGUAUGCUGCGCUGAACUCACGGGGCUGGGUACUGCAGGAGCGACUGCUCGCUACUCGUGUGCUCAAUUACUCGAGAUCUGGUCUAUAUUGGGAGUGCCAGACAUGCUCACGACAGGAGACCUCUACCAUCGAAGAUCGCUCGAGGGUCAGCCUGGCCGAUCUCGUGACGUCGGAGGGUGCCGAUUUCAAGCGAGUGCUUGCUUUACACACCGGAGCAGCGAUCUCGACGAAAACAGAGUUUAUGUUGUGGAAGCAUCUCGUUCGCCAGGCAACCAAGCGUGAGCUGACUUUCGUGGAAGACAAGUUGCCAUCUCUAUCUGGCUUGGCUGCAGUCAUUGCAAUGCGGACCAAGGCAUCGUACCUGGCUGGCAUUUGGGCACAAGACUUGACUGGCUUGGUCUGGUAUGCAGAUCGCAGUGCUCCCUCCCGAACGCGGUGCGAGAAUGUCCUCACACAUGACUGCCCUUAUCUCAGCCAGGACAUGACGCCAGUCUGGUCGUGGGCUUCUGUGAGAGGGGCGAUACGAUUUCCCACCACUGAUCACGAACCGGUCAAGUCAGUUCGUGACCCGACCUUGGUCGAAAGCAAUAUUUCGCUAAGCACUAGCGAUCCGUUCGGCAAAGUCUCUCAAGGCAUCCUCACUCUGCGCGUACAAACCAUUGCGGUCACAUGUCAAUUCGGACUGAACGAGCGAGACAAGUUCCAAGCUACGCUCAAAAGAAGCGAUGACACUAUCCUGGGCGAGGCAUGGCUAGACUGUCCAUACCAAAGUUCUGGAGAAUCAAUCGACGUGAAAGCUCUGCGAGUCUAUGGAGGCUACGGCUUCGUGUACUUCCUGCUUGUGUGCCAAGGGGCCGAGCACGCGGUAAAGACAGAUACAUGGGAGAGAUGCGGAGUCGGUUUGGAGACGUACGAUUGUCCUCAGGUGUGGUAUAACCCGUUGAAAGCAUACAGCCUGGAGUAUCUGUUCCUGGAGUCAUCCGGUCAUCCUGUGCGACCCAAGCUGGAUUUGGACAAUCACUUGGCUUGGCUCCCGGAGCAGAUAGUGUACUUAUCUACCCAGAGAGCCGACCUGGGAAGUCCUUCUAGUGGGUUGGAAUGGGAGAUUAUCCGACUAAGCUGA